CUCGAAAGACCCCUGACACCGGGGUCGAGUCCCACGGGGCCAACGGACACCCUGAUUCAUGUAUUGGCUUUCGUUGGAUGUCUUCUUAAGAGCCAAACUGUCCCUGACCUCGACGCCCAAAGGCCCGGCCCGCUCCCUGGCAUCUUAUCUUCCCCUACCCAACAUGCGCCAAGUUGCCCGCUACGUCCGCAGUACAUGCGGUUUCCGCAAAGUAACCCUUGAUACAUUCGCAUCUUCUACUCUCAUUCCCCAUCCUCGCUGUCAUGCCACAGUACACACGCCGUCCCCAUUGUCUUACGACCUACGGUGUCUGGAGGCACCCAGGUUAAGCCAUGCCAAAGACCCAGAUCACGUCCGGCAGAUAUCGCAGCAUCUGGAGAAAGUCGGCAUGCUCAAGAUCAAGCUCGGGUUCCCUGACAGCAACAGCGAUUACCUCAAGCAGCUGCUGCACAGUCUUCACGAACAUCACAACCACCAGCUCCCCAUCUCCCACAGCGCGACCCGCGGCUGGUUCUGGGACGUUCGCCCGAGCGAGACCAACUUCCAGGCCGGCGACCACCAGGCGCGCUCGGAAACCAUGAACGACUUCCCCUGGCACACGGACUGCAGCUACGAAGAGCCGCCGCCUAGGUAUUUCGCCCUCCAGGUCCUCCAGCACGAUCGGUACGGAGGCGGCACACUGUCCGUCUUGAACGUCCAGAGGCUGAGCGAGCUACUUCCCCCCUCGGCGCGAGCGGCAUUGAAGGCGCCGGAAUACCGAAUCUCGAUCCCGUCCGAGUUCAUCAAGGACCCGAGCCGGAAACACAUUCACGCCACGGUGCUCGCCACCAGCCCCGACGGCGAGUCGACCAUGAUCCGGUAUCGAGAAGACAUCCUGGAACCCUUGACGGAUCGCGCGUCGCGGGCGCUGGAGGAGCUCAAGGAGGCGCUGGUCAGGAAGGAGGUGCAGGCGCAGGCGACGGUGCAUUUGCGCUCGUCCGACCUCCCCAAGGGGUCCAUCAUCCUCAUGGACAACCGCCGCUGGCUGCACGCGCGAAAUCACAUUAACGACCCGGCGCGCCACCUCCGACGGGUGCGAUGGGACGUGUGUCCGUUUGGUGAUGCUUCGGAAAGCCGUGCCUGAGUCCGGAAUAACUUCGAUGGCGGGUAGAAUAGCGGAAACAAGUGUCGGGAAUUCCUCAAGCUUGAAAUUUGUGCCAUGGACAUCUUUUUUUCGUGGGAUGACGUGAGUGGAAACAGCCGAGUCACCGCUUCGGGCCACAAUGGUGGCAUGUCUCAUAUUCUGCCCUGUGCCCAUAGUCGUCUUGGUGGCAUGCUGAUCCGACUUCGACAACGCCAUCUCAUAUUUGGGCUGAUGAGCUUGGAUGUCAGCGUUGUCCAUACCGUCCAUGUCAUUCGCCAGCUUAGCAUCGCCCUACGUGUCUCAACUGCGGGUACGCAAGGGAAACUUGCAGACCGGGGGGGCUCGCUAGUAUCCGACCAGGCAAAACACUUGGCGCCAUGUCUCGCACAAUUUAAGUCCUAUUGCGGAUUCGGCGGCAUACCCGGGUCCCUAUGACAUUGACACCUGAAACCCUGUCUCUUUCGUGCGAGGCUGCUGUGUGACUUUCGCUCGCUACUUGUUCCUUGUC